AUGGAGAGACAAACCAUCUAUACAGAGAAGCAGGCCACGGCCGAGGACCCUUCGCGGCAUUCGUCUACCCUUGUGUCAAGUUCAGAACAAAGCGACACGGAUAUUGCCAACUACGAUCCAAAAGCUCCGACUGAUGAAUAUCCACAUGGUGCCUACCUAGCUGCUGUUAUGUUUUCACUCAUGCUGGGCAUGUUUUUGGUGGCACUUGACAACACCAUUCUCGGCACAGCCAUUCCCAAAAUAACGGACGAAUUCCAUGACCUGAACAAAGUGUCGUGGUACGGGGCAGCCUAUUUGAUGACAUAUGGCAGUGGCUUCCAAUCAACUUGGGGAAAAUUUUACAAGUACUUUCCAAUCAAGUGCUGGUUUCUCAUUGCCGUUUUCAUUUUUGAAGUUGGCAGCCUCAUCUGCGCUGUGGCAAAAGACCCUACAACUCUCAUCGUCGGCCGGGCUAUCGCUGGCUUCGGCGGAGCUGGAGUUGGAGUGGGAGUUUUCACGAUUAUCGGAUUUGCUGCGCCUCUUGAGAAACGUCCACAGCUUUUGGGCUUUACGGGAGCAACCUAUGGCAUCGCCGCAGUCUUGGGGCCACUCAUCGGCGGCGCUUUCACUGACAAAGUGUCAUGGCGUUGGUGCUUCUACGUCAAUCUGCCCAUCGGAGGAGUUGCUGCCGCCACAAUAUUCUUUCUCUUCAAAACCCCAAGUAGCGCAGCCCCAGCAAAGGCUACACCCAAAGAGAAGUUUUUGCAAAUGGACCUCGUUGGUGGGGCCCUUAUGAUGGGAUUGAUCAUUUCAUUUCUUCUGGCGCUGCAGUAUGGCGGCCAAACACAUUCCUGGAAAAGUAGCGAGGUUGUAGGACUACUGGUGGGCGUUUUUGUGAUAGUUCCGGUCUUUGUGGCUUGGGAAUAUUACCAGAAGGAACGUGCAAUGAUUGUUCCACGGCUGUUCAUGAAAAGCUACAUUUCCGUGGGCUCCAUUUUCAUGUUUUUCUUUGGUGGCGCCUACUUUAUCAUCCUUUACUUUCUUCCGAUCUAUUUCCAGAGUGUUUAUAACAGCAGUCCGAUCGGAUCUGGUGUUAAAAUGCUCGCACUUAUCAUCCCACUAACCAUCGCUGCUAUUGUACAGGGAUUCGCACUAGCCAAAAUUGGCAUCGUACCUCUGUUCUGGACCAUAGGUGGCGUUUUUGGAACCGUCGGCUGUGGCCUAUUCUAUACUUUUGAUAUUGGGACACCUACUGGUAAGUGGAUUGGAUACCAGAUUCUUGUUGGCUUCAGCGCGGGCUGGACAUUCCAGAUUGCCAUGUCGAAUGCGCAAGUUCAUGCCUCACCGGAGGAUAUGUCGCAGGCCACAGCUAUUGUCAAUUUCUUCACGACCGUUGGCGGAGCCUUCUUUCUCUCAGCGGCACAGUGCGUCUUCAACAAUAAGCUCAUUGAAACGGUUACUAGAAAACUCCCCGAGCUCGACCCGGUGGUAGUUAUUGGGACCGGUGCAACGCAAGUCCGCGAAGUUUUCACGGCCCCGCAAGUUUCCGCCAUCAUCGAUGCCUACAUGGUUGGUUUGAAAGCUGUCUUUGCAGUUACAGUCGCUGCCUAUGGUGUCGCCACCGUCGCUGGAUUAUUUGGCAGCUGGAAAAAAAUCAACGGCGAUGAGCUGAAGAAGGCGGCUGGUGGCGCUGCAUGA